UUAUUACGUUUUACGAAGCCGUAAAAAGAACGUCCGUCUCCAUCAUCAAACUUUUCCGUGGUUCACGGGCGCUAUUAAAGCAGUUAUCCGAAAAAUCUUAUCGAUAAACACUAAAGAAAAGACUCAGUUUUUGAAGAAUAUCCUUCGAUUGGAUUGAAGUAAGUGCGUGGUGUCGUUAAAUGCUUGUUACGAAGUUCGCUUUGUGAAGUGCAACGGGUGCAAUAGUGAAAAGACUCAUUCUAACCUAACAUUCGUAGCGCCAGAAAACGUGCUCUGGUUGGUGGAAACUCGCUGUUAAAAGAAUUGUUUGGUUCCUAAUUAAGUUGUUAAUCGCGGUUACUGCGCAAAAGUUCGCAAUAGAACAAAAGAGCGACCUUUUCAUCCAGAAGGCCGUAGUUGGUUUCCAGCGUAAGCUGAAGCCACGCCGCUAGCAGCAGUGCACCGCAGCAGGAGUGAAGCCACGAGGUUUUGCAGCGCACCUUUGUAUUGAUGUUGAACUUGUAUGUACAAGAGGCCAGCUAGUUCGCGCGUAGGCCAAUAUUGGUGUUUGGUUGUAUUUUACGCUUCACCGUAGCGAUAGAUCGUAAACUCCAUUUUGUUUUCCUUAUUCCAAACGUCGGUGUAAAACUCGCGUCGUCUGCGAAUCGGAUGUGUUGCUGAUAUUAAGGUGUCGACAUUCGAUUGCAAACCAGCCUCAACCAAAGCUAACUUCAAUCAUAACAAGUUAGUAGCCUUCGCCUUGGCUUUAGCUUGCCUCAAUCAACACAUUUUGCAAACUAGGAGAAAAGUCCUUGACGAGAAUAUCCGAAACAUUCAGGAACGUUAGUUCGGUGGCGCUUCAGCAGCAAUCCGGUAAAAAAUCAAACACGCAAUUGUACCGGAACAACAUUAACACCCCAAAAGAGAGCGCAUCUACUCUGCUGGUAUAUACCCAUCGGCGUCCUAUAUUGUCAUAAACGAUGGAGGACGACAAGGGAGGGAAACUGGCGAACGGAAGCGACAGGGCCGACCCGGUCCAAGAGGUAAUCGAUCUCGAUGACGAUGUCAUUAUCGUGAGCGAUGAUGAUGCGGGAGGGGAGUUCAAAGAUGGUGCGACGGCUAAUGUCGAACUUGCAAUGAAAAGCCCAGGCUCGUUGGUCGAGAAAACUGGACGUAAUCGCACUCGCCGGCUGUCCAGAUCGAACAGUAAAAAUGGUGUGCUAGGUGUCGCAGGCACACCCAAUUUCGUAGCGCCACACCGUAAGUGGAAGAAUAGUCGCCGUUCGCGAAACUUGCACGGUCGCGGGCUCCCCAAGAAGGGCGGAGCUGGUGGAAAGGGUGUAUGGGGCAAGCCGGGUGCCGAGGUGUUCGACGAGCUGGAUGAUGAGGAUCCGAACGAUCCGAACUUCGACAUCGAUGCGUACAACAGCUCGCACAACGUGGAGCUGAAGGAGGUUGUAACUGCUCCACCGGUUCUGCAAUUGACUGAGGAAGAAAUGAUCAAGAAGAUGGAGUCGAUUCUCCUUGAGUACUACGAGAAUGGGGACACUCAUGAGGCAGCCGAUGGCUUGGAGCAUAUUCUUGCACCCGAAAUGAAACCCCUCGUUAUUAAAACGAUCGUAGGCGUAGCGUUUGAUCACAAGCAAUCACAACGCGAGAUGACCUCUGUCUUGAUCUCGGAUCUGUACGGUCGUGUAGUCACACGCGAUGACAUUUGCGCUGGAUUCGAUCAACUGCUGUACGAGUUACCCGACAUCAUGCUGGACACACCAGAUGCUCCGCAUUUGUUGGGCAAUUUCAUUGCCCGGGCGAUAGCUGAUGACUGCGUUCCUCCAAAAUAUGCGUACGAUUCCGACCGCGAGGAUUUAGACACCCAUGCGCGAGCGGCACUCGUACGUGCCUCCGCACUGUUGUCGAUGCCCGGCGGUUGGAGUAAGCUGGAUAACGUUUGGGGCGUCGGAGGCGCUCUCCGUCCUGUUCAGACUAUAACGCGGCAGAUGGCUAUGCUUUUGCAAGAGUACGUUGUAUCGCGUGAAAUUGAGGAAGCGCAGCGCUCGAUAAAAGAGCUGGAAGUUCCACAUUUCCACCAUGAGCUGAUCUAUGAGGCAAUCAUUAUGACGCUCGAGGCGUUCAACGAGUCAAUCGAGGAAGCAAUUUGUCACCUUUUCCGGACGCUCGACAGUACCUGUAUCGUAUCGCCGGAGCAGAUGGAGUUAGGUUUUAGGCGGGUCUACGAUGACAUGACGGAUAUUGUGCUAGACAUACCGCUCGCCUAUUCCAUCCUCGACCGCUUCAUCCAACGUUGCCGCCGAGCUGGCUCAUUCCUAAGCGAAACACUCAUCAAGGACCUUCCUACGCGUGGACGUAAGCGCUUCGUCUCAGAAGGUGACGGUGGUCUGGUGAAGCACGUGAAUUUUCUAAAGAAUAUGUAAGCAACAACGAUAUUAAACUCCAGAGAAGAUGCCAAGAGAUGGUAAAUAAGCAUUUGAUUAUGAUUUUGCAUACUUUUAACUAAGCGAGAAGCAAUGAGUUAUAAAGAAAGAAAAGAUUGAGCUCGCGUUUUAGAAGAAAAAGGCAAGAAUAAGAUUUUAUUUGAAAUAUAACGCGCAUCCUACCGAAAACUCUACGAGUUUUCCGAACGCUUCAAUACAGUUUAAAAAAAGUUAUAAAAUGGAUUUCGAUAUAUUUUGAAAAUAUUAUUUGCACAAUUAUAGUUCAUACAUCAGAACAUCAGUGUAUCAAUUACUUUCAUCGUCAUUUUUAUCUUUUUUGCAAAAAGAAAUCUAUAACUAAAAAGUAUUUUUGAAAUAUUGUUUUUUUUUAUUAUUAAAAGAUGAUUAAAUAAUCAAAGUCACAUAAAGUCAGGGGGCUUGUUGAUAUGUACGGAACAGUUGCAAGCCAGGAGCAUAAUCAAGCACAUCAUACAAACAUGGCAUGUAGCUUGUUAUAAGAGCAACAUAAGCGAUAUAAUAUUAAGGGCCAGAACAAAGGAACACGAAACAUUUAGCAAGACCCUGUUUUAGUAGCAACAUGAAUUUUCUGUUCGAUAGACAUCAUGUACUUGCAUUAGUAAAAAAAACAUUCGCAUAGAUUGGUUUCGAUUUGAUUGCAAUUUGUGUGUUUAAUUAGGAAUAAAUCAUUCUUUUUGGAAAAGUUCCCAUCACUAAAGAACGUUUUGUUUUUGCAAAUGUGCGUUAAGAAGUUUUGCUGCUCAUAAUGUGAACGAGAGAGUUGUCAUAACAGCACAUAACAUAAAAGAAGGACCAUAGAUGAGGUAUUACGAGACAAUGAAAACGGAAAUGUUUUAUGUGGCGGGAAAUACACGAUUCCGCGCGCUGUGCGUAUAUUUUUCAUCUUGUUUAUCCUCGUUUUUUGUUUCUAUUAGUUAAGACUAGAUUUUAUGAUUGAUUAGCGGAAGUCCUCCGAAUGUGGUAAAUGACAUUAUUUGUUCUAUGAAAAAAAAAGAAAACGUAGAUUUUGUCGUGUUUGAACCUCAGAUAUCCGCGAAGCUUCCUUUCAUUAUACUGCAAAUGAUGCCUUUUCUGACCUACGGAAUAUUGUAUGAUAGCGUAAAGCAAUGCCUAUCGUGGUAGCCUAUCUCGUAUCUUUGAUCAAAAUAAUUCCUAAACGUUUGUCGCAAUGUGCUCCCUACUUUCAUCUAAGAAUUUUAUCAAUCAUUAUAUGUGUUUAAAAGGAUGGUAAGUGGAGAAGCCAUUGCGUUUUUUUCACUCUUACGGGUUGGAUAGUAAGCGACAACAGAAAUGUAAAACCUUGCCACUUAUGACAAACAAACGUAGUCAGGGAGAAAUAUGUUGUUUAAAAGAUAAAUCAAUCAAAUGAAGAUUGUGUAUAUGUACUGUAAACCGUGGUAGUGCAUAAAAUAAUAAAAUAAAGUGUGAACUACUUUAAGUGUGUGUGUCCAAAUGCAGAAUAUACAGCUAUAUCUAGGUUUUUUAAAGUUUAUUUAGUAUAUUUUACGAUUUCGCGUGUUUUUCUGCAACUCUUGCUAACAAUACUUCAUAAUAGUUCAAUUCCUUAUUAAAUAGCUGA